CCGACCCCGACCCCGCGGGCCCCGCCUGCCUGCCUGCCCCGAGCGCCGCAGGAAGUGGCGGCCCCAGUGAAAGCGAAGGAAACUGUCGAGGUGGGGGCCAGAAGCGCAGCGGGGAGGAGAUGGCGGGAGAGCUGGGGUUCCUGUCACGUGACCCCUCCCCCGGCUCCCUCACAGUCCCGCCCGGCGUGGCGGGAGCCGGUCCAACGAGGGGCCUCCUCCUCGGGGGGCCUUGGUCCCUCGUCCCCAGGUGAGCUGGGUGCAGAGUGGGGGAAGGAGGCAGAGCAAGAGGCGGUGAGAGAGAGAGAACCGAGGGGACGGGGCUGCUGAGGGAUGGGGGUUAUGGCCGCCGCGCUAGGGUGCCCUCCCCAAGUCUGGGGGCUGUAGCCACGCCUCCUCAUCUGCGGUCCCCCGGGGGGCGGGGCAGACCCAGUCCUGGGGGCUGGACCCCAGGUAGCGGGCGCAAGGGAGUCCCAGCACAUCCAAAUCCCGCAGGAUAUGGCUUCUAGGAACCGUCAGGGUUUGGGACAGGGGCCUGUUCCCACUGGGAGAAGUAGCACGGGGAGAAGAGCCGGAAUUGUCUUGCCGAAGGGUGACCCCGAAGGCCUGUGGCCACGCAGCAGGUGUGACUGGGGUGCAGCAGGCUUUGGACCCCAUCGCCCUUAUCUGUGGCCACACCUGGCUUUGUCUUUGUCUGGGACAGUCCCAUCUUUCCAUGCCCUUUGGACUUUUCUCCCCAUUGACAAACAGGGAAACUGAGGCCUCUGGCAGUGUGUUGCUUUGAGAUGUGGACGGGGACCCAGUCCAGAUCUGCUCCAGCCGAAUUCUCUCUUCAUCUCUGGCUGUGCCAGGGCCAAGAGACUGAAGCUCACCCAGCAGGCACCCCACGUCCCUUCUAGGAGGUGGGGGAUUGUAGUCCAGCGCCCCCAACCUCAACCCCACCGCAGAGAUGCUGAGGCAGUGGUCAGUGCAGUCCAGCCAGGCCCUCGUGGAGCCAGAACCCGAGCCAGGGGUCGAGGAGCUAUGGGAGCAGGAGAUGGAGCGGCUGCGGUCCUCCCAGGCACUCGUGCAGGAGUUGCCCUAUGCCAUGGUGGACAAGCGCCUCAUCCGGCAGCUGCGGGAGCCCGAGGGGGUGAAGACCUCUUGCUGGCAGCGAUGGCGGAGCAGGCGGCAGACUGCGGCACGGCGCCUAGGGGAGGCGGCACAGCGGCUGGCCCGGGGCUUUGGGCUCUGGGAAGGGGCUCUCUACGAGAUCGGGGCCCUUCAGUGCCCUGGUAGCCUCCAGCCCCGGACUGGUGUUCCCAGAUUCCACAAUCGACUUUGGAAUGUUUUAACCGGCAGGGCCUUCACCAACACCUACCUCUUCUAUGGCGCCUACCGGGCAGGGCCCGAGAGCAGCUCGUCGUACAGCAUCCGCCUGGCCUACCUCCUGAGCCCCCUGGCCUGCCUGCUGCUCUGCUUCUUUGGGAUUCUGCGGCGGAUGGUGAAGGGGCUGCCACAGAGGCUGUUCCUGGGCCAAGACUACAAGUCGCCCGUGAGCGUCAAAGUGUUCUCCUCCUGGGACUUCUGUAUCCAGGGACAGGAAGCAGCCACCAUCAAGAAGCAUGAGAUCAGCAACGAGUUCAAGGUGGAGCUGGAGGAAAGGCGUCGGCUCCUGCUGGUGCAGCAGGAGACCCGGACCCAGAGGGCCUGCCACCUGCUCACCUACCUGCGGGUCAAUGUCCUCAUCGGGCUCCUGGUGGUUGGAGCCAUCAGCGCCAUCUUCUGGGCCACCAAGUACUCGCAGGACAACAAAGAGGAGUCCCUGUUUGUGCUGCUCCAGUACCUGCCCCCUGGGGUCAUCGCCCUGGUCAACUUUCUGGGGCCCCUGCUCUUUGUUUUCCUCAUCCAGCUGGAGAACUACCCUCCCAACACGGAGGUCAACCUCGCCCUCAUCUGGUGCGUCGUGCUGAAGCUGGCCAGCCUGGGAAUGUUCUCCUUCUCUCUGGGCCAGACCGUGCUGUGCCUUGGCAGAAACAAGACCAGCUGUGUGUCCUACGGCUACAACGCCUGUGAUUACCAGUGCUGGGAGAACGCGGUCGGAGAAGAGCUGUACAAGCUGAGCAUCUUCAACUUCCUUCUCACGGUGGCCUUUGCCUUCUUUGUCAGCCUGCCUAGGAGGCUGCUGGUGGAGCGCUUCUCGGGCCCAUUCUGGGCCUGGCUGGACCGGGAAGAAUUCCUGGUGCCCAAGAAUGUCCUGGACAUCGUGGCGGGGCAGACCAUCACCUGGAUGGGCCUCUUCUACUGCCCCCUGCUGCCCCUGCUCAACAGCGUCUUCAUCUUCCUCACCUUCUACAUCAAGAAGUACACCCUCCUGAGGAACUCUAAGGCCUCUCCUCGGCGAUUCCGCGCCUCCAGCUCCACCUUCUUCUUCCAGCUGGUGCUCAUCCUGGGCCUGCUCCUGGCCGUCACGCCCCUGGGCUAUGUGGUCAGCAGCAUCCACUCCUCCUGGGACUGUGGCCUCUUCACCAACUACUCGGCCCCCUGGCAGGUGGUCCCAGAGCUGGUGGCCCUCCGGCUCCCGCCCCCUGGCCAGCGCGUCCUCCACUACCUCGGCUCCCACGCCUUCAGCUUCCCCUUCCUCAUCCUGCUCAGCCUUGUCCUCACGGUUUGCGUCUCCCAGUCCCAAGCCAAUGCGAGGGCCAUCCAGGGGCUCCGGAAGCAGCUGGUGUGGCAAGUCCAGGAGAAGUGGCACCUGGUGGAGGACCUGUCGCGGCUGCUACCGGCGCCGGGCUCCGGCGGUUCUGUGGGGCCCGAGUCUCCUCACUCCAGAGCUUCGCGCCCGCGGUCCUUCUGCCCUGGAUUCCCGUGCCCGGGCUCCCCGGGCCCCAGGGCCCCCAGGCCGGAACCUUGCCUCGAGGAUCCCGCCAGGCCAGGCGGUGCCCCGGUCCCCGCCCCUAGAUUCCGCUUCCCCAGCGGCUCAGAGCUGUAGCACCCACCCCUGCCUCCUCCCGGAGCCUCCCCAGGACCCGAUCUACCCCCGCCCCGCACCAGAGUGCCCCUGGCCCCAAGCUCCUGCCCCCUGGUGACCGCCGCUCUCAGUGGCCCUCCAGCAGGACGCCGGAGAGCCCAGGGGGGCAGGAAGAAAAUAUGGGAAGUUGUAUUUAUAUUUUUACCUCAGUCCUGUAAAGUUUCUAUUUUUGUUGAAUGUUUUAUAACGUACAUAAUAUAUGAGUAGAGU